ACCAUCAUAACCAACGAGGAUCGGCUGAGUUCUGUAAAUCCUCAAUAAGAAAUAUAAUUGGCUAUAUCUGAUUUCUGAGCUCAUGUAUUGAAAACAGACCUAUGAUCUCAACAGCGGAAACGCUGAAUUCGUCGCAGCAUUGUUUUAUUUUCUGAGAAGAUGUUUGCCAAAACGUUUCGUGUCAAAUCCAACACCGUAAUCAAAGGAUCAGACAGGAGAAAGCUCAAAGCUGACAUAUCUGCAGCCUUUCCUGCACUGUCUGCUGAUGAGUUAUCCGACCUGGUCCCCAACAAAGAGGAAUUAAAUGUUGUGAAGAUUUAUGCACACAAGGGAGAUGCUGUAACACUUUACGUUCUUCACAAAAAUCCACUGUUCUUUGAACUGGAGAAACGACUUUAUCCUACAGUGUAUAUGCUUUGGCGCUACCCUUCUGCCCUGCCGACAUUCAGAACAUGGCCUCCUGUGGUUCAGAAGUUGGUUGGAGGGGCAGAUCUCAUGCUCCCAGGUGUGGUGGUGCCUUCAAGUGGUCUUCCAGAUGUGAGACAGGGGGACUGCUGUGCUGUUACAUUAGUGAAUAAUAGAGCUCCUGUUGCAGUUGGCACUGCUGCAGUGUCCAGUGCAGAAAUGCAUAGUUUGGGCAUGAAAGGGAGAGGAGUGUGUGUUCUCCACACAUACAUGGAUAAUCUCUGGGCUUUUGGAGAUAAAUCAUGUCCUCCUACUUUACCGUAUGCCGAGAGUGAAGGACAAGGGGUGAAUGGAGAGGAGUAUGAGGUCGAUGAGGAGGUUGAGGAGUGUGUGGAGGAGGAGCAGAGUCCCGGAGAAACGGUCAUUGAUCAAGUCUGUUCUGGUACUGAGGAGCUGAGCCUGACUGAGCAGGAGGAAGAGAAGGGUGAAAAGGGCAGUGAACAAGAAGAUGAAGAUGAUGACCUGAGAACACCACAAGAGAUAAUGGACGCCCUGCUGUUGCAGUGUUUUUUCCACGCUCUCAAGAGCAAGGUGAAGAAGUCAGAGCUCCCUCUGCUGACCAGCACAUUUCUCCGCAACCACAUGUUCUCCUGCUGCCCAAGUGGAAAACAACUUGAUAUCAAAAAAUCCAGCUAUAAAAAGUUGUCCAAGUUUCUACAGGCCAUGCAGCAGCAGCAUAACCUUGUGCGAGUGAAAGAACUGACCAAGGGUGUAGAGAGCAUCGUGGAGGUGGACUGGAAUAAUCGAGAACUGCGUUCCUUCGCUGCUCCCAAGGAGACUGAUAUUGAAGCGGCUCCAGUGCAGGAUGCAGGAGAAGGGGAAACUCCGUACCAUCCUCCUGAGAUCACAACUCUGUACUCUGUGUCAGCUCGGCUGGAGCCUCUUUUUGUGAAUUCAAACAAGAGGAAAGGGACAAUACUGCAGCCUACUGAAGUGAGAGGUAUUGUCACAGAGUACGUGAAGAAGAAUGAAUUGGUGGAUAAAAAUAAUAAGAAUUAUGUGACCAUAAACCCAACUCUAUGUGACUGCUUGCUGGAAAAAUCAGAGUACCAGGAGAUAGAGUCUCUCAAGUGGGAUGACCUCUUUAGCAGGACGUUGGGAAAAAUGCAGGAGUGCUAUCAAGUUGUGUUUCCUGGACAAGCACCGUUAAUAAAGAAGGGCCACAUUGAGCCCAUAGACAUCACUGUGGCUUCUCGAGGCUCCAAUAAGAAGGUGACUCUAAUAAAGAACCUGGAAGUGUACGGUUUGGAUCCUUCAGUCGUGGCCACUGCUUUGCAGCACAGAGUCCAGGCCAGCUCUGUCUUACAGCCUAUUCCUGGGGCCAAGGACAAAGUCCUGGUCCAGAUCCAAGGCAACCAGAUUCAACAAGUCGGCCAUUUGUUGCAAGAUCAUUAUCAAAUCCCUCGCAAGUACAUCCAAGGAUUAGAAAAAGCUCCAAAAAGUGGCAAGAAGAAGUAGCAUUUCAACCUAUUAUACCAACCAUUUACUGUCUUCAGAGCUGCUUUACUGGAUGUAAACACAAAAACAACAACUGUUGGCCACUCAUGUAAUAAAGUUGAUUCAUUGUCACCCUCUGAA